AUUUCGUUUCUUGGACGAAGUAGACUCCACAAAUGCAAAAUUAGCAGACAAUUUAGCAGAUUCGAUAAACAUAACAAAAAUUCAAAAAGAUUUGUCAAUUUUGCGGCAGGAAAACUGCGAAAUAAGCAAAAAUCAAGAGAAUAAAAUUAAGCAGCUUCGAGAGCAGAAAUUGAAACUAGACGAGCAGGUCCAACGCCACCAAAAGAUGAUCGAUGAAGUAAUGCUUGAUAAGGUAGCGCUAAACAAACGCUGCGAAGAGCUCCUCGCCGAGUCGUUAACUCGCGAUAUCAAAUACAAAAACAAUCUGAAGGCCAUGGAGGAGAGGCACGCCGAGGAGUUGCGGCGCGCCAAAGAGUUGCUGAAAGCUGCCAAAGCAGAAUGGGCCACGUCAAAAGAAAAAGUGAAAAAAGUGCCAUCGGUUAAGUGUAUUGAGAAUGAACUUUUAGCCCUCAACGACCGAUUUGCACAGAAAGAAUUCGAGCUGCAGCGGAAUCAUGAGCAGGAAAUUCGAUUAGUUCGGCAAGAACUAGAAAAGGCCAAGGCAACCGAGCUGCAAAUAUUAAAAGAAAAACUCACGGCAGAGAAAGAAACGGCGCUGGAGGCAGAGCGCCAGCGUCUGCAUGAACAACAUCAGGAAGAAAUAACUAAGAUGACUAAACUACAUGAAAGUCAAAAGCAGAGUUGGUCGAAGUAUUUCGCUGAUAGGGUCAAGGACUGCGAAGUGCGCGAGGCGCACGCACGCUCCGUACUGGAUCAAGAGAUCGAGCGAAUCAAACAAGACACGGCGAGGCAAAUCGAGGCGGUAAAUGAACAACACCAGUUUGAGCUGGUGAUUGAGAAGGAUAAAAUGAAGUUGCAGAUGCAAAAAUUCACGGUGGACGUGGAGAAGAAGCUGGAAGUUGUGAUGCAGAAGAAGGAAAUUGAGAUUCGGAAACAAGUCAUUUCCGAGCGAGAUGUGCAAAUUGAGAAGAUCACCGAGGAGUUUCAACGUGUAUUAUCCAGAGAAAAAAGCAACUAUCUUACGAAUAUUGCGGAAUUAGUGGAGAAAAAUAAAAUAACUGUUAACAACUACGAGAAACAACUAACUGAAUCAAAUGAUCUGAAAAUCAGUACACACAAAGUUCUGCAAUCACUACAAAUUGAGUUAAAUGAUAUAACUCAACAACUACAAACAAAAAACAUGGUAAUACUAAAUAUUUUUUACUCAAACAAAGUAUUAAUGCAAUAUUUUUAG